GCCAGACAGAAAAACAUUGUACAUCUGUCAAAUUCGAUUUGGAGAGUUGUAAUAUUUUUGAUAUUUUUUUUAUUAUUAUGUAAAGAUUUAGAGUUUAUCAGUAUUUGUUAAGAUGGAUGAUGAAUUUCCGGAUGCAGAUGAUGAGUUUGAAUUGGCUCAUGCAGACGAUUUCGAGCUACUAAAUGAAUUGGAAGGAUUCACAGAUCCUGCGCCAAAGAAGGUGGCGAUUAAACUUCCAGAGAAGCAGAAACCAAAAGAACUGCCUCCACAUACGAGCACUCAAAAAUCGAUUGAGGUUCCUCAAGCUCAAACAGUAAGAAACACAGGGACACAAAAAGUGAAUGGCAAUUCUGAAAAAAUUUCUGAAGUUGAUGAUGAUUUUUCACUUCUUGAAUUUACUCCAACCCCUAUAACCACUCCAACUGUUCGAGAAUUGGAAUCGUCUCGGCAAAAUGGUUUGAAUUCGAGUAUUUCUCAAUCUAGUCGCCACGACGAAAGUAGCAGAAUCGAUGGAACUCAAAUGCGAACUGUUGACGAACUGCUGGCAGAUAUUUCCAAUAAUCUUGGAGAUUCUGAAUCUAGUCGCCAUGACGAAAGUAGCAGAAAUGACAGAACUCAGAAGCGCACUGUUGAAGAUUUGCUGGCAGAUGUAUCCAAUAAUCUUGGAGGGUCAUAUGUUGACAAUUCUGAACUUUUUGAGCCAGAUUUUAUGGAACAAACGAGAAAAAGGCCUCGUUGGAAUCAAUAUGAGGAGAUGAUCGAACUCAUAAGAAGAGAAAGGAAAAUGUACAAUGCUAAGGAAUCAUCGGGACUUUCUUAUCAACAUCAACCUAUCGAGCGAAUACAAUUCAGGACGGAUUCAGUGACAACGAGAGUCCCAAGCUGGAAUUUCGUAGCAGUUACUCGAACGGAAGAUGGCCAGCGCUUGUACGUAAGAGUAACAGAAACUAAAAAAAAAAUUAUCGCUAAAACUCGACCAGCAGCUGGUCUGCUUUCUGUUUCUUAUAGUCAGUUGAAAGCCGAAGCAGAGGAAAUCAUAGUAAAGAACGUUCAACGAGCGAGUCUUGCACAGCCAACACGAACUGAUAAUAAGAACAUCGAUGAUCAAUUGUGGGUCGACAAAUACCGACCGAAAAAAUAUAUGGAACUUCUUUCGGACGAAACUAUCAACAGAAGAUUCCUUCACUGGCUAAAACUUUGGGAUAAGGUUGUUUUUCACCGAGAACCAAUGCGGCAUAAACGCCGAAAACUACCAGAAAAUAACAAGAAAUUUUGGAUAAAAAAUUUCAAGCAGGAGGAUGUUGAAGAGGUGGAUAGCAAGGGUUAUCCUGUUUACAGAAUAGCUUUGCUCAGCGGUCCUCCUGGUCUUGGAAAAACUACUCUCGCUCAUGUAGCUGCGAGGCAUGCUGGAUACAAUGUUGUUGAAAUCAACGCGAGUGAUGAUAGAGAACCGAGUGCUUUUAGAGAAGCUCUUCUUUCUUCAACGCAAAUGCAAGCGCUCAUAGGAGCCGACCCUCGACCAAAUUGUCUCGUAUUAGACGAAAUCGACGGAGCACCAAGUGCAUCGAUUGACCUUCUUAUAAAAUUCGUCCAAGGAAAGUUGGUGCAAAAGGGAAAGAAAAAUAAGCAAAAGAUGGAGAAAAUGAAGGAAGGUUGUCAGCGACCUGUGAUUUGCAUUUGCAAUGAUUUGUACGCUCCUGCAUUAAGGCAACUAAAAGCGAUGGCUCUAGUAAUUCCAGUCCCAGAAGUGAGACCUGAAAUGUUAGCUGAUAGAUUGAUGGAAAUUGCCCGGAAAGAAGGUUUGCAAGUGGAAAUUAGAGAUCUGAUGCAUUUAUCUGAAAGAUCUGGUUGCGAUGUGAGAACUUGUCUCGGAGCCUUGCAAUACAUGAGAGGCGCUAAUAUGAAGGAAAAUUUAAGCCUGGGACUCAAGGAUACUCGAAAGGGACUUUUUGAUUCCUGGAAGACGUUGUUGCAAGUUCCGAUGACCCAGAAGGGAAUUUUACCUCCACAUGAAAGGAUAACACUUAUUUUGAAAACCGUACAAAGAGGUGAAAGUGACCGUUUAGCUCAGGGAGUUUUCCACAAUUACCCGAUGAUUUGCAAAGAAAAAAUGGAACCCAUAGCAAUAUCUUUAGAGUGGUUUCAAUUCUUCGAUGAAAUUACAAGGAUGGUUUCUGCUCGUCAAGUUUGGACGAUCAUGCCGUACACGAAUUAUGCUUUUGUCGUUUGGAAUUUGAAUGUAGCGAGUGCCUCGCAAAAUCUUAAAUUGUCAUAUCCUAUGGCUUUUUUCGAGAUGAACCAGAAAUUGGGAAGAAAUAACUCAAUUUUAACUGCAUCUCAGAAAUCUUGCGGAAUAGAUAGAUUAACUCUGGCACUCGAUAUUGCUCCAUUAUUACCAGAACUUUUGACUCCUCGCUUGAGAUCAGUUUCCGCUCAUCUUUAUUCGCCGAAGGAAAAAUCAGAACUGAUGAAUUUGAUCAAUGUUAUGUUGGAUUAUGGUCUUACUCUCAUUCAGGAGAAGAAACUGGAUGGAGGAUUCGAGUAUCAUCUUGAACCAGACCUUUUUGAAAUCGGAGUCUUUCCCGAUUGUAAAUAUCGCCGUGGUCUUUCCUAUGCAGUGAAGCAAAUCGUCAUUCAGGAAUUAGAAGUUGAACGUGUCAAGCGAGCGGCUGCCGUAGCAAGUGCUGUAACAAAUCGUCAACAACCUCAGAAGGCCAUUGAAGUAAAAGAAACCGAGGAAUCGGUAAAACACAAGGAAACUAUGAUAUCUCAUGAAGACAAAACGAAGAAUAAUGUACCAAAUCAUCUCAAACAACUGGAACCUUUAUCAGUGAGGCCUUUCGAUGCGAAGUACCAAGAUUUCUUUAAGAAUUUCAAAGCCGCAGGCCAAACGAAAUUUGAAGAACAAAAAAGUUUAGGGCUUACAACAGAGAAAUCUCCGAUUGAAAAAGCUCCUGUGCCCAACAAGAUGUACCUUUUUAAAAAAGACGUCUGGUACAAAUUCAAAGAAGGAUUCACCAACGCUGUUCGCCGAAAUAUCAAGAUGGAAGAUUUUCUAUAAAUAAUUUACGCUACCCUAGUUUUUAUAUUUUGACAAUUUUUUUUACGACGUUUAUGAUUUGAAAUUUAAUCCGAUGGCAGAAGCAUCUCUGCGAUUUCUCAGUGCCUUAUAUUUGUAUCAAAAGGUGAUAAAAUGAUGAUAUAAAAUACGGAUGAAUAAAUACAAAGAUUAUUUCUA